AAAUCUGACUCUAGAGUACCCAGGUAGACAGAAAGCAUGCUUUUCCAUCAUGUAGUGGCAUGACUCAAUCGUUCCAUUUAGCACCACCACCUCCAUCGAUAUUGAAUGUAAAUUGACUCAAUCGGGAAUCGAAGCUGAAGCCGCUUUUUUAAACAUCGCUCCACCGCGCAUUGGGGCUGCAGCAAAACUUGUGAAGCUUCCCUAAUCCAUAUGCCAAUGACUUCCAAGUCUCCAAGCAAUGUGUGCGCGACUGUACUGCACAGUAGAUUGGAUUCAUUAGGGUCUCCUAUUAGCUUCUAAUCCGAAGAAUGGACAGUCCAUGUCCGUCUUUUGAACGGCUAGGACGAGCCAAAACUGGUUUCGUGACCUACUUAUUUAUACUCGGACCAAAUAAGUGAAUUGUGAUGGUGAUGAUAAUAUAACUAAUGCAAAUUAGGAAGUGGAAAAGUGCACUUUUAUUUUAAACAUGUUAAUGGAGUGUAAAGAGAUUUAUAACUAAACACUUAAAACUAAUUGUUAUGGCCCAUAAAGGUACUUCACUUUCCACUAUGAAACUCGAUCUUCUGCACGCGGACGGAGCUGGUAGCUCUAAGAAACCCAGCAUAAUCAAGAGCCGCCAUGAUGAGUACUCUGUGGGUGAGACCACUGGCGGUCUCAGUGUACUGUUCACCGUGCUUUGUAUCGUGGACCUGUUCGGUGUGUUCCCGGUGGUGACACUGCCGAAGAGCAUUAUAUCUUGCGGGAUAUACGGCGUCCCACUGGUGGUGUCGGUGUUCGCCCUGCAACUCUACACGGCGAUGCUGUUGGGACGCAGCUGGCUGCUGGCCCAGCAGAUCACGCCGAGCAUACGGGAGAAGAACCGAUUUCCUUACGCCGCAGUGGCUGAACUAGCCUUCGGCAAGCACACCAGACGGCUGGUCACCUUCCUCAUAGACGCCACUGUAUUCGGUGCUGGAAUACCCAACUUUAUCCUCGCAUCCCAAAGCCUCCAGCUGUUCUGGUGGAAGAUCACCAGGGGGGAAGUGGGGGUUACGUAUUGCGUGUGGAUGGUGCUGAUCGCUUUGUUGCUGCUGCCUGUCAUGUGGCUGGGAUCGCCUAAGGAUAUGAAGCCGCUAGCCCUAGCGUCGGUGGUGAUCGUGACGACAGUGGCGGUGUCGACGUGGACGUGCAUCAUCACGGAUGACGUCAGCCCGCCGAGUGCGGGCGGCUUGAUAGAGUACAUGCCGACUGCGCAGGACUUCCUCAUCGCGUACGGGAUCAUCGCCUUUCAGUUCGACAUCCACCCUCUCCUACUGACCAUCCAAGUGGACAUGAAAGACAGCAGACGCAUCAACGCGGCGGUGAUCAGCGGGUUCGCCAUCACCGGUCUUAUGUUCGCCGUCACCACCGUGUUAGCCGCCAACCGGUAUGGGGCUAGAGUGGACAACAACAUACUGCAAGGUAUCCCGCCAUCAAUAACUCUCUACGUGGUGGCACUUCUAGUCACACUUCAGCUGUGCCUGUCCAGCGCUGUGGGCAACUCGGCGCUCUUCCAGCACAUUGAAGACCUCUUCAAGAUUCCCAAAGAGUUCUGCGUCCAGCGUUGUCUGAUCCGCUCCAGCAUCAUAGCACUAGCAGUAUUCCUUGGAGAAUCAGUACCGCGUUUCGACUUAGUCAUGGGCCUUGUGGGAUCCACUCUGACUGGCCCGCUUAUGUUCAUAUUCCCGCCUCUAUUCUUCUUAAAACUUUGCUACAUGAAGUCCAACAUAAAAGAAUUCAGUGCAAACAACAAUUCAGUGAAUGAUUUUAGUAACGGCGUCACGCAAAAUGGCGACUACGCACAAAAUGGCGGAUCUUUCCCGCUCAUUUUCACGAACGCUCUAGAAACGAAAUACAAAACGUUUAGCUACGAAGUAGGGAAUAAGGAGGUCGAAGAUUAUACCAUACAGUGGUACGACGUACUGCUGGCUAUUGUGGUCAUGCUUAUGGGAAUGGCAGCGACUAUAGUCGCGACGUACUCGAGUUGGUCCGACACGAUUACGUAUGCCACGUUCUCGCCGCCAUGUUUGGUCAACGCUACGAUAGCCGCGAGGAGUUUUCUGACUGUAACUCAGCCUACGUGAUAUUAGGGUAGAAAAUAGACAAGUGACGAUUUCUGGUUGAUUAGCGUGUAAAUUUUAGAAAACGUGCAUCCAUAAUCACGUUUCAGAUGACUUGCAAGUCUUGCAUUUUCCACAUUGUUAUAGAAAAGCAAGACAACGUGCCACUGACAUUUC